AUGGGGAGUUAUGUUGGAUAUUUUGGUCAUCAGUUGCAAAACCUACAAAGACUGAAAAAAAUGUUGCUAUGGAGACAACAAAAGCAUAGGGCUGCAUACAUUUCUUCUCAGGACACGGAAGGGAGCAUUGUGUCGUCUUACUGUCACUCCAUGCCUGAACCUCAACCAAGUAUUGUGCCUAUAAUACAAGAAGCAGGGUUUGGCGAAUGCACCAUAACCUUGCAAGAUGUCUCACUUCAAUUGGGGCUUCCUGACGAUGGACCCCCUGUCAUUGGUCCAACUAUGUUAGAUUGGGACGAGAUGUGUGAAACCUUAUUAGGUAUAAUACCGAUUAAGGGAGAAUCGAUUGUCGGUUCUAUGAUCAAACUAAAAUGGUUAAGGGAUAAUUUGUUUCCUAUAGAUGAAAAUUACAGUAUUGAGGUCAUUCAUACACAUGCUAGAGCUUAUAUAUUAGGACUUAUUGGAGGGGUUUUAAUGCCUGAUAAGACUGGGAAUAAAGUACAUUUAAUGUACUUGAACUAUUUGACUAAUCUUCGAAGAACCAGGAGAUAUAGUUGGGGUUCGGCGUGUUUGGCUGUGUUGUAUAGGGAGAUGUGCAGAGCAACGGAUGGACGUGCGAGGACUAUGGGUGGAUGUGCUUCGUUGUUACAAUCAUGGACAUGGUUUCGGAUGCCCUUUAUUGCACCCAUUUCAAGAGUUCCACCAACUUUUCCGCUAGUUUGCCAAUGGAGCGGCGGUCGAGUACUGAACUACAGAAAUGUCCCCCACAAUGAUUUAGUCAGAUACCGGGCAAGGAUAUAUCACAUGCAACAAAAUCAGUUUAUUUGGGUUCCUUAUGAGGGUUUGGGCUCUAUUAUUGAUGUUGAAGCAUAUCAGGACCAAGCAAUAUGCUUUAAUUUGUUUUGCCAUUGUGGAGUGGCACCAGUCAGACAGGGUGAAGUUGCAAUUUCGGCUAUCACAAGAGAUCCCUGA